AACGCCAGGGGGCGGGGCCUAGCGGGAAGGGGCGGGCCGAGCACUGCCAGCGGGCGGCGGUCACUGAAGCGGGUGGGCCAGGCGGCUGACCUAGGGGCGGACCGGCGGCUGGGCGGACAGCUGUAGACGGCAACGCGGCGCAGUGUCCACCGCCAUGACAGAUCAGACCUACUGUGACCGCCUAGUGCUGGACACACCUUUCCUGACGGGCCAAGGGCGCCUGAGUGAGCAGCAGGUGGACAGGAUCAUCCUCCAGCUGAACCGCUACUACCCACAGAUCCUCACCAACAAGGAGGCGGAAAAGUUCCGAAACCCCAAGGCAUCCCUGCGCGUGCGGCUCUGUGACCUUCUGAGCCACCUGCAACAGAGUGGUGAGCGGAACUGCCAGGAGUUCUACCGAGCCUUGUACAUCCAUGCCCAGCCCCUGCACAGCCACCUGCCCAGCCGCCACACUCUGCAGAACUCAGAUUGUGCAGAGCUAGAUUCAGGCAGCGAGCGCAACGAGCUGAGUGACAGGGGACCCAUAAGCUUCCUGGCUGGCCUCAGCCUGGCCGUGGGAUUGGCCCUUCUGCUCUACUGCUACCCUCCAGACCCCAAAGUGCUGCCGGGAGCCCGGCGUGUCCUUGGCUUCUCACCUGUCAUUAUUGACAGACAUGUUAGCCGCUACCUGCUGGCCUUCUUGGCAGAUGAUCUUGGGGGACUCUGAUAGACCCAGAACCCCCAGCUUUGCCUGCUGCUCAACCAAAGAGUCCCCCAGCUGGCCCACCAAGGGGGCCAGAGCUUCUUUUUCUAAAUGCUUAUUUUUCAUUAUUUAUACUUUGUAUAAGAAGCAUGCCUUCACCUUAUAAGGUGCUUAAUAAAAUUAAAUGUUCAAGUUCUCUCA